AGGUCACACUCAACCAUGACCUCUGCUGCCAAUCAACCGGUUUCUGUUCCCAGCUGUUCCUCAUUUCACCGGUUGAUCAACCAGCCAAUCCCGGUCUAUUAUUCAUCCUCCUGUACUGCUUUAAAUCACCUGCUCACCACUGGAAAGGGGGAUUAUUUUUCUGACACGCUUUCUGGAGUUCUGAGGGACCCUACUUUGUCUUUGGCGACACUUUUUUUUUCCCCUUCAGUUUUUUGGACCUUUCAACCUUUGGGCGGAAGAAGCUCGACCCGCAUGGAGGAGAGGAGACAUAUGGAGCAGCUGAUACAAGCCUAUGGGAUGUGUGAGGACAUGACUACAGAACAAGAAUGUUUAAACACUCAAGAUCAACCAGAGAUGGAGCAGCUGUUGGAAGACAAAGUACAAAAGGUACAAGCCUACGAGAUGAGUGAGGACAUGACUACACAACAAGAAUGUUUAAACACUCAAGAUCAACCAGAGAUGGAGCAGCUGAUGGAGGACAAAGUACAAAAGGUACAAGCCUACGGGAUGAGUGAGGACAUGACUACACAACAAGAAUGUUUAAACACUCAAGAUCAACCAGAGAUGGAGCAGCUGUUGGAAGACAAAGUACAAAAGGUACAAGCCUACGAGAUGAGUAAGGACAUGACUACACAACAAGAAUGUUUAAACACUCAAGAUCAACCAGAGAUGGAGCAGCUGUUGGAAGACAAAGUACAAAAGGUACAAGCCUACGAGAUGAGUGAGGACAUGACUACACAACAAGAAUGUUUAAACACUCGAGAUCAACCAGAGAUAGAGCAGCUACUGGAAGACCAAGUACAAAUAGUGCAAGCCUGCGGGCUGAGUGAGGACAUGACUACACAACAAGAAUGUUUAAACACUCAAAAACAACUAGAGACAAGUGAACAUGCUGAGUCAGCCGUACCAUCCUUGGUCCAUGAAGGGACGAAUAAGGAUUCUGAUGGGGAAAUUUCUGAAGAUACAGAUAGUGACACCUCAUCCUCAUCCUCCUCCUCCUCACUUUUUUCACAUGCCACCAUGAUUGAAAUUGAUGACGAUGAGGGUUCAAACCGAACAGCUAUCUUCAAAACAAAAGAUGAACUUUUACUAGAGGAUCUUCCUGCGGUGGAGGAGCUGAAUGUGUCAUUACCAGAUGCUGUUGCGCUAACACCAGUAGGGACUGUAUCCAGCAUUAUACAGAAGCUUGUAAUAAUCCAGAGUCUGAAAGACACAACCCCUUUGACUGAUGACAGCCUCAUCUUUCGAUCUGAUCGACUAGCUUUGGGCAAGGUUUUUGAAGUUUUCGGUCCUGUUUACAGCCCCCUCUAUGUUUUGCGUUUUAACUCGCCAGAGGAAUUGAGCAACAAGGGGCUGACACUUGGAUUGACCGUUUAUUGUGCACCAGAUAUGGAAGAGUACACAGGAUACAUUCUCAUUCAACAACUCAAUCUUUUAAAGGGCUCUGAUGCAUCCUGGAAAAAUGACCAAGAACCUCCAGAAGAGGCGUUGGACUACAGUGAUGACGAGAAGGAGCAGCAAGCUAAAAAAGCAAAAAACGCCAAAAAGAAGCAGAAAAACUACAAAGAAAACCAUGCUCAGGGUACUGCACACCAUGAGCAGCAUCACCAAGCUGUCACAGGUGCAACACAAACACAUACUGGGGCUCAGUUCAGCCACCAGUACUUGAACAAUAUCCAACCAGUCAUUCCUCAUUCUCAUCCACCGCCUCAGCACACAAAUUUUCCUCAUAUGUACCCACCAUCUCCCUACCUCUACCCAUCCCUUCCUCCACCUCCAAUUGCUUUUCCUCUUUACCCACCACCUCCAUCGUUUUUUAGUCCUUCAUACUCCUCCGCACCCUGGCUACAUAAUGUCCCUUUCUCGCACAUUCCUCCCCCGGCCCCUCCUCCUGAGUGAAACUUAGCAUGUUGGGAGUUUAUUUUACUCUAUAUGUAUACUGUCACCUGGAAUUAUUACAAAACCCAGUGCAAAAAUGUGUAAAUUAAAAAUAUUUUCAAAAUGUA